UUGAGUCGGAUUUCUCUCUCUCCUUUUCCGGUGUCGCCGUGAGAAACCGGCUGUAUAUUCUGAAGAAAAAAAAAAAGAUUUACUGAUAAAGAGAGAAAACUUCAAAAAAUACUUUAAGAGGGGAAUAACCCAACGCCUUCGAGGUAUAAAAAUACCUAGUAGUUUGAAGGAACAGUCCGGUAAAAUAAAGACGUAAAUCCACGAUGGACCCGAGAGACACUGCCCCAGAUUCAUGGGAACAGGAGGAUGAUGUGGAGGCCCCGACCGACGCGCAACUUCAGGCCGCCUUCAACCGGCUCAACGUGAACGCCAAGCCGUUUGUCCCCAACGUCCACGCCGCCGAGUUCGUGCCGACCUUCGUGAAUGAGCUCUGUGAAAACACAGACAGCGGUGAUGCACCUGCUACUGAAUCCCCAUCUCUAGAAGAGCCAGUAUCGUGUGGAGGUUCUGAUGCAGUCAUCAGCAUGGAAGUUUCAGACGCUGCUGCACCAGUGGAGAAUGGAGAGGCAGAAAUGACAGCAGAAGAGUCGUGGGAACAGAAAGAGGAGCCAAAUGAAGCAGAGCCAGGAGGCGGCCCUUCGGGGGAUGGAGUACCAUCCGAUGAAGGUUCACAGGAAAUGAUGGAGGAUGAAGAGGAGUUACCAACACCCAAAGUGGCCGUCGUACCUCCAGACGCCCCUAAAAAAGAACAUGUGAAUGUGGUGUUUAUCGGGCAUGUGGAUGCUGGAAAAUCUACGAUUGGAGGACAGAUUAUGUACCUUACAGGGAUGGUAGAUAAAAGGACCCUGGAGAAAUAUGAAAGAGAAGCAAAAGAAAAGAACAGAGAAACUUGGUACCUGUCCUGGGCAUUGGAUACAAACCAGGAAGAGAGAGACAAGGGGAAGACGGUGGAGGUGGGACGCGCCUACUUUGAAACGGAAAAGAAGCACUUUACAAUUCUGGAUGCUCCAGGCCACAAAAGUUUUGUCCCAAACAUGAUUGGUGGCGCAUCACAGGCUGACCUGGCUGUUUUGGUAAUCUCUGCCAGGAAAGGAGAGUUCGAGACAGGUUUUGAAAAGGGUGGCCAGACGCGAGAACAUGCUAUGUUGGCAAAGACAGCAGGAGUAAAACAUCUGAUAGUCCUUGUCAACAAAAUGGAUGACCCCACAGUGAACUGGAGCCUGGAGAGGUAUGAAGAAUGUAAAGAGAAACUAGUGCCAUUUUUGAAGAAGGUUGGGUUUAACCCCAAAAAAGACAUCCAUUUCAUGCCCUGCUCUGGCCUGACAGGGGCCAACCUGAAGGAGCCUGCAGAGUUCUGCACCUGGUAUUCAGGGUUACCAUUCAUUCCACAUCUGGACAAUCUGCCAAACUUAAACAGAUCAAGCGAUGGACCAGUCAGACUACCAAUAGUAGACAAAUACAAGGAUAUGGGCACUGUGGUCCUGGGCAAGUUAGAGUCUGGGUCCAUCAGUAAAGCACAACAGCUUGUCAUGAUGCCAAACAAGCACACAGUGGAAGUCCUGAGUUUGCUCUCGGAUGAUGUAGAGACAGAUGAUGCCAGCCCAGGGGAAAACCUGAAGCUGAGACUGAAAGGAAUUGAAGAAGAGGAGAUUCUGCCAGGGUUCAUUCUGUGUAAUGCAGAGAACCUUUGUCACUCCGGACGCACCUUUGACGCCCAGAUUGUCAUCAUUGAGCACAAAUCCAUCAUCUGCCCAGGUUACAAUGCAGUACUGCACAUCCAUACAUGCAUUGAAGAAGUUCAAAUUUCAGCCUUAAUCUGCCUGGUAGACAAAAAAACAGGCGAGAAGAGCAAGACGCGACCCCGAUUUGUGAAACAAGACCAAGUGUGUAUCGCUCGCUUAAGGACUGCGGGAACCAUCUGCCUUGAGACCUUCAAAGAUUUCCCCCAGAUGGGGCGCUUUACCUUACGGGAUGAAGGUAAGACCAUCGCCAUCGGCAAGGUGUUGAAGCUGGUAGCAGAGAAAGACUAAAGUCACCCAGACACCCAGUAAAUUGUGAGGAAAGUGGACUCAGCAACAGCCUGCUUCUCACCACCUUCUUUUAAUCCUGUCUCAAAGAUUAAGAAAUCAGUUUUAAAAAAACUAAAUACAGAAAUACAGAUACUAAAGUCCACAUUUGUCGGCUUUCUCAUAUUGAGAGCUCAGCUAUGCCAUUGUUAGUUCCCCUUAUCCAUUUUACUAUGAAACAAACAAACAAAAAAGAGAGAAUUCUUUUUGCUUCCUUUGGGAGAGAAAGUGGCAGCAGCCACAUUUUAACAGAUGUGAACAGGAUUUCUUGGAUUAAAAUAAAAAAACAAAAAAAAUCCCUAAAUAUAUUGAAGCCAAAAUAAUGUUAAUAUCCUGGUUGUACAUGUCUCCCUUUGCUUAGAUCAAGAGAUUGGUUUCUUGACAAAAGAUCCGUACAGAGUGUGAAAGCGUGUGUUCACAUGUUAAGGCAACUACAGUGACAAUAAAAUAUUACAUUUAAAAAAACAA